UGCAGGUCUUUCGUGUCAGUUUGCGUGGAGUCUGGAAGUGUGAUAGCUGCUGUCUGAAGCUUUUCAGUUAUGAAAAACCUUCAUUACAAGGAUUUCUUCUGGAACUCAGACUUGACCUGCACUGGGGGAUACGAUGCCAUUAUUCAGUAUCUCAAUGAUGGCAAGAGAGUAUGCAAGGAGGUGGAGGAGUUCAUGAAAGCCAGGGCUUCAAUUGAAGAGAAAUACGCCAAAGAUCUCCUGGGUUUGUCCAAGAAAGUGUGUGGACACAAUGAAAUGAACUCCUUAAAAAGGUCCCUGGACGUGUUCAAAUUACAGACUGAACACGUGAGUCUGUCGCACUUACAACUGGCCCAGAACAUGAGGGACGAAGCCAAGAAACUGGAAGAUUUCAGAGAAAAGCAAAAAGAGGCGCGAAAAAAGAUAGAACAACAGAUGGAUGCUCUUCACAAACAGAAGGCUUCACAGUUCAAGAAGACGAUGGAUUCAAAGAAGACGUACGAUCAGAAGUGCAGAGACAAAGAAGAAGCAGAUCAGAACAUGAACCGAAACACCAACAACACCAAGCACAUGGAGAAGCUCUAUUCAAAAGCUCAGCAGGCCAAACAGAAUGCAGACGAAGCAGACAGGUUAUAUCAGCAGAAUGUGGCCACAAUGGGAAAGACUAGGGACGACUGGAUGAAGGAGCACAUUAAGGCCUGUGAGAUGUUUGAAAAACAGUCAGUGGAGCGCAUCAACUUUUUGAGGAACACGGUGUGGACUCACCUCAACCAGCUUUCCCAGCAAUGUGUGACCAGUGACGAGCUGUAUGAGGAAGUGAGGAAGUCGCUGGAACAGUGUAACAUCCAGGAAGAUCUCGAACACUUUGUAAACCUCAGGCGGACUGGCGACAAACCACCAGCUGCUGUUGUGUAUGAGAACUUCUACAGUGGUCAGAAGUCUCCAACUGCAGCUCCUCCCUCCCGACUGCCUCCACCUAUCACCAGGAGGGGACCACUACCCGAGCCAACACAGAACAGUAGGGAUACACUCUACUCAACGGUGCAGGACGCCGGCUACAGUCUCAUCCAGUACUAACACACACAGAUCCACUGGUGGACUUAUUGUACAUGUUGUGCUGCACAGACAGCAAGUUUAAUGGCUGUAUGGGAUUACUUCCUCCUUUGUGAGUCCUUGUAAACAUAAGGUCAGGCAGAAAAUGUGUGUCAUAACUGUGUGCAUAAAAAGUUUCAGAUGAGGUUAUGUUGAUGUUUUGAACUUAUCACUGUGUUAUAAACAGUAGAGGAAAUAUCAUAUACAUAUAUUAUAUAUUUUAAUAUAAUAUUUAAAUCCUGAAAAUAUGAAAGAAUUGUGUAUUUGUCAAGGUCAAAACAGAUUAAAAACAGGAUUUCUGCUUCAUAUUUUGAUGAAAUUGACACUUAAAAGUGAUCAAGCAUACACCUAAAACAGCGGUCUAUCGAAUUACUGUAUAAACUGAAUGAAUCCGUCCACUGUCCCGACACAGAGGCUGUCAACUAUUGUGUGUGUCUUCGGGGCUCUUUCUUCUACAUAACUACAUUAUAGUUUAUUUUCAGGUUUGUAUUUAUUUUUAAAUUUAGCACACUUGCAACGGUGAUUCACAAAAUCAAGCAAGUUCUCAUCUGUUUACUUGUUUUCAUUUCCUCCAUGUUGUGAAAGUAGCGUGUCAGCUGACAGAUAUCUUGUGAUGGAAAGGGCCCCUUGAAAUUGCAACACUUGGCCUGUUUUCUUAAGUCUCCAAAGUCCUGUAACUUUCAAGUUUUCUGCUCUACAUUGACAUUCUAGUAAUCCACAUACAUGUGUGAUGAGGAGUUUUUGCACUUUGUUUUUUCUUUAUUUUUACUGAAAAUGCACAAUUUGUAGAAAUGUAUGCUUUUGAGAUUGCAGAAGUAAAUAUUCUCCACUGCACCUUUUCAAAGUCCAUAAUAUUCCAAACCCUAUCAAAUAACUUGAUCUGCGUUAUUACAUCACACAGGAUAGUAUCUCAUGGAAAUGUGCUUGUUUGACAUUUUUGGACAAGCAAACAUUUCAUCCAAACAGUGCCUACAAAUAAAUAAGUUGUUCUUGAACACCAAAAGGAAAAUUAGCUUUUGCAAUAAUGCAUUCAACAAAAACAGUAAUAGAGUAACAUUCUGCUGUUCAAGAAGUAAGUACACUUUGGAGCUGAUAUUGCCCUCUUUAGCAUAAUUAUCCAUGAUCUCUGACAUCCACUUAUUGAAAAAAAUCAAAACUCUUCAGUGCAAAAAUUCUCCAGUUCCAAGGUGUUUGAGGGUGUGACCAUUUCAAUUCACUCCACAACAUUUCAGUGGGUUUAAAUGUAGGCCUGGCCAAAGCCCAACAUUUCUUCUUUUUGAGCUAUUCCUUUGCUGGAUUUAUUGUGUGUAGGUCAUUAUCCUGUUACAAGCUCCACCUCUGGUUCAAAUUCAACUUUCAGAUAGUUGUUUUUAGCCUUUUCCUGAGGCCAAAGAACAUUCAUCUGACCAGAGCGCAUUUUUCCAAAAACCCAGCACUUCUCCUGUAUGUUCACAUAACUUCACUCUAGUUUUGUAAUAAUUUUCUUUUUGGACAGCAAAAGUUGCUUUCUAAUGAAUCCCUUCCUGAUUGUAGACUCAUCACUUUGACACAUACAGCUGCAAGAGUUACCUGCAGAUCCUGUGAUGAAACUUCAGGGUUUUUGGAGAUUGUAUUUGCAUCGAACACUCUGCUUUUUGGGCUGAGUUUGCAGCAUCAGUCAGUCCUGGACAAACUGACAGCUUGUUAAGAAUCUAUGCCACUUGUAGAUGAUUUUCCACUGUAAUAAUUAACUUAAGGUAACUGAUUCAUCUCAUAUUGGUGAUAGUUUUUAGAUCCCUUGCCAGGUUGAGGUAGCUAGCCCUUUUGUUUCUUGAGGAGCUCUUUAAAUCUUGGCUUGAUGAAACCACAGACUUCAGUAGCUAAUAGAACAGUAGCCGCUAGGUUUUAGAGGUUUAAAUAAGACAAGCUCAAUCUGACAACACUUAAGCAUGUUCCAAUAAUUGGUACCUAAUCUGGAUCACUUGAUUCUAAUUUUAUGGAUUUAAAGAGUGUCAUUUGUUUGAGUAUAUCACCUUUAUCUGUAGGCACUGUGUCAAAGAGAAUCAAAUAUGUCAAAAAGCCAACAUUUCCCAUGAGUUGUACUUUCAUUAUGUAUAUAUUAUUGAAGAUGUUAUUUUGACUGUCAAUCAUGACACGAUGAACAUCUCAAAUAAAAACAAAGACAGCUUUA